AUGCAGCACUGCUUCAAGUUCCUCGUGGUCUCAACCGCCCUCUUGCUCCCGGCUACAGCUUCACGUAUGGCUGUCCGGGCCGAUGCUGAUGAUACGGGUGAUGAAAAUAGGGCCAAGGUUUGCUAUCCCGAAGUCGACGGCUCCGGUACCGUCCCACCUUGCGUUUCCAUCGGCCAGAUCGAGGCCGCUUGUCAGCCCAACAACAGCACUGAGCCAGUCAACUACAAUGAUCACGUUCAAUGCAUGUGCCAGGGCAGCUACUUUGAGGAUUGGCGUGGUUUUCAGAACUGUCUCUUCGUUCAUGGACUCCGUAGUGCUCGUGAUCACGCCUACUGGGGAAAUGUUCUUUCUGUUGCUUCGAGCUCUUUUUGCCAGGGCAGUCCCACUGCCGCCUUUUCGGCUGUUUUCUCUUCUGUUCAGGCCAACACGCGUGACGCCCCUGCUGUCACCACCGGUGAUACCAUAUCCUCGGAUAAGUUCCCCGGCAAGACGGACGUUAGCCUAUACUAUACAGCUACCGGUCCUCAAGGCCCUGGUGCCAUCGCCGGUGCCGACGCCACAGCCACACGUGUCUCGAAUCCCACCGCUACUAACCUGACGGUCUCGAACACAAGUGGUGAAAACAACAGGAAUACACCAAUGCAGACAGCAUCUGGAUCCUCAUCUGAGACUGCCAGCACUACGAGGCCAUCCUCAUCUACCUCUGCCGGCGGUUCCCCGGCACAAGAAGCUGGCAUGGCAAUAAUGGUUGUUGUGGGAGCUGCUCUGGUCCUGGCUUUAUAA